GAGAUGCCCUUCCAUCGUCGCCCCAUCGGUGCCGUUGCCGCGCUCGUUCGUCCUUUGUCUGUCUCUGCGCUCCUCGACUCCCGAUUACUCCUUCAUUUUAUUUCCUCAAGAUAAUAUAACAUUCCUUAGCCCCCUUGUUGCUUGGUUAUGCUUGGUGACAGGGGAGGGGAACCAGAGCGCCUGCGCUCGUCCUUUCCGGCUGGCUUCUCCCGCCGCCGAUUCUUCGGAUACCGCGGGAUCAGGCUCCUGCCUUCUUUCCUUGGGACCACCCUUCCCUCUUCCUAGCCAGGCACGCACGCAUAAGGAGGGGCGGGCGCAAGACAGAGAUCGAGCACCCCCACCACGCAUGGCUCCGCUUCCACCGUCGACCACCACCACCACCACGUACUACUCCCACCCGAGGGGCCUCCGCCGGAGACAGGACGAGAGGGCUGGAGGAGCGAGAAAGUCGCCUCCUCCACCCCAUAGGUCUGCGUCGUUCCAUGGACGGACGACGGUGUCGGCGUCCCCGGUGGACCUCCGUCAGAUGCAGCGGCCCAAAACCCAGCCGGACCUGCUCGCUGGGGGGAGGAGGGGGAUGGCGGCAUCGCCCGAGGAGAAGAGGCUGGGCAAGGGUGGCGACAGGAGCUUCGAAGCGGAGAGGAGGAUGCCGGCGAAGGUGCUGGUAAACGUGAUGGUGCAGAGGAGCCUGGGGCCGGUGCAGGUGAUGGCGUCGACGGAGUGGACCGUCGGGGAUCUUGUGGCAGCGGCGUUGAGGCAGUACGUCAAGGAAGGGAGACGGCCCCCGCUGCCCACCACGGAGCCCUCUGCCUUCGGCCUCCACUACUCUCAGUUCAGCCUCGAACCUUUGGAUCUCAAGGAGAAGCUCAUUGGUUUGGGAUCCAGGAACUUCUUCCUCUGUUCUAAGCCCGCCCCGGCUGCUUCAGACCCAGCGACGGCCUCCUCCUCCUCCUCGGCCGUACCUUCUUCUUCUUCUUCUUGUGCCAAAGAAGCUAAGAAGGCGUGCAAGAUAUCCAUCACUUGGCUUAGGUUCAUGGAUUUCUUGCUGUAGCUUGAUUGAUAUUUCUCUUUUUACCUUCAAUUACUAUUUCUGCUAUUGUGGGACGGAAUCUCUUCUCAGACAGAUGAUUCUGUGGCUACAAGUUGCAACCCUUCUGUUUGUUUGGGGUGGGGUGAAUCUGCAGCACUAGUUGUUGGCUGGUGUUGUUGUAAGAUCGAGAGGGAUUACAGUGUCUUGGACGUGUACAUAUAAAUGAAACCAAGUUUAUAUUUCCGUGCAUGCAUUUAAA